CAGGAAGUGGCAGUAGUGAAGACACCACAGUCUACUUUCCAACGUCCACCAGAACAGGAAGCAGAAGGAAGACGCCGCAGCGCUUUUGAGGACGCUGAUUAAUUCUCCUGUGCCGUUUUUCUUUCGUUACCAAAACGUCGUACGCAAUGAGAGGAGACCGCGGCAGGGGUCGAGGAGGCCGCUAUGGGUCCCGGGGAGGAAUGCUCCAGUAUCGCCCAUUUGUUCCACACAUCCCAUUCGAUUUUUAUGUGUGUGAGAUGGCCUUCCCGAGAGUGAAGCCUGCGCCUGAUGAGAGUUCGUUCAGCGAGUGUCUGCUGAAGAGAAAUCAAGAUCUGAGCCCGACAUCUACAGAGCAGUCCUCCAUCUUGUCCCUUGUGACUAAGAUCAACAAUGUCAUCGAUAACCUGAUUGUUGCCCCUGGAAACUUUGAAGUGCAAAUCGAGGAGGUGCGUCAGGUGGGCUCUUACAAAAAGGGUACCAUGACAACUGGACACAAUGUUGCUGACUUGGUUGUAAUCCUCAAGAUUCUUCCCACAUUGGAGGCGGUCGCUGCUCUGGGCAACAAAGUUGUGGAGACUCUUCGCACCCAGGACCCUACUGAAGUGCUGUCCAUGCUGACCAAUGAGACAGGCUUUGAGAUCAGCUCAGCGGACGCCACCGUCAAGAUCCUCAUAACCACCGUCCCUCCCAACCUCCGCAAGCUGGACCCCGAGCUUCACUUAAACAUCAAGGUGCUGCAGAGUGCCCUCGCUGCCAUUCGCCAUGCCCGCUGGUUUGAGGAGAAUGCUUCUCAGUCCACGGUGAAGGUCCUGAUCCGCCUGCUCAAGGACCUCAGGCUACGCUUUCCUGGAUUUGAACCUCUCACUCCUUGGAUUCUAGACUUAUUGGGUCACUCUGCAGUGAUGAAUAAUCCAUCCAGACAGCCUCUUUCGCUCAACAUGGCCUACAGGCGUUGUCUGCAGAUGUUAGCCGCCGGUCUUUUUCUGCCGGGCUCAGUGGGAAUCACUGAUCCAUGUGAGAGCGCAAACUUCCGAGUGCACACGGUGAUGACUCUGGAACAGCAGGACAUGGUGUGUUUCACUGCUCAGACACUGGUGAGGGUUCUGUCCCACGGAGGUUACAGGAAGAUCCUCGGCCUGGAAGGAGAUGCAAGCUAUCUGACAACUGAAAUGUCCACAUGGGACGGUAUCAUCGUCAACCCGUCAGAAAAGGCCUAUGAGAAACCCCCAGAGAAGAAGGAGGAUGAUGAAGCUCUGGAGGAGGGAGGAGAUGGAGAAGAUGACAGCAUGGAGACCCAGGAAUGACACGAAAGUUAAAACGAACCCGAGGUCAAAAACUGGAUGCAACACGCAUGACCACGGUUUUUUCAUCAAAGAUUGGUAACAGUUGUGGAUUUGUAUGUUUUUUUUAUUUGAAUCUGUUCUCAAAUAAAUUUCAGUUUUUAAUGAUA